AAAAGUGUUUCUUGAGUAAUGGUUUUUUAAACUAAUGGUAAUCGUAUUCGUAAAACUCCUUCUAAAAGUUCAAAAAGGUGUUUUUGUCACUUUUGAAAAUUCAGCUAUGUUUUCGACACAAUCUAAGAAGGAGAGGAGGAUGAAUGGAGAAGAGAAGCAAACACGAGGAAUAAAAGAGAGAGAAGGUGGUGGUGGUAACAAUGCGACGACGAUGAGCAACGGCAACAACUCUAGUUGGAUUAGGAGAGAGAAACAGAGAAUGAAAGAGAAAAUAUGUUACAAAUAUAGCAUAAUUAAUCAAAACAUAUAUAAAAUAUAGCAAAGUUUUAGAUUAUAAGAAUGAUUUGUCUAUCGUUGAUCAAAUCUAAAAUUUUGUUACGAUUAAUUGUCGAUAUUUAAAAUGAAGACAAACUUAAUAGUAGACAAGAUACAAACUAUAAACACAUAAAUAAAUAAAUAAAUAAAUACAUCAAUCUUCCACCCUCCUUGAAUUGAAAACUUAAAAGUACACCAUCAAAUUACAGAAAAUUUGCAUAUUCCUUGAAAAGCAUUUAAAAUUUUCUUCAACCUCAUUAAUCAACCAAACAUUGGCUUUAGAUCCCAUGAACAAAACAAACAUAACAUAAGAAUUAAAGCUACAAACAAACAAAUCCACCGGACAUGGACGGCAAUACCCUCCUCCUUUUGCUUUGGACUUCAUCAAAUCUUCAUAUUUUUAAUGCUCUUAUCUCCAUACCCUUCCUUUUGUAAUCUUUCAAUAGCCAUAAACCAAAACCUGGUCAGAAGCUUAGAACAUGUACAAGAAAACAGAGACCAAACCAAACCUUUCCAUUGAAACUUUUCUAUAUAUUAUGAUGAAUCCAUGGCCUAAAAUUUAGAACUUCCAUUGAAGCUACAACUUCCCGCCUCCAUGGCCGACUCUUCACCAUUUAGUUCUGUAGCCUUCUCAUUGCUUCUGAUUCUUGUGGCCUUCUGUUCGACUCCAACACAUUCGGUAACGGUUCGAGGAUUGUCAAUUAGAGAAGCCACAGUGCACGACCUCCAGCUAGCUUUCAAGCAAAACCAACUCACUUCGAGGGAACUUGUCAACUUCUACAUCGGAGAAAUUCGCAGACUCAAUCCAGUUGUCCACGGGGUCAUAGAAAUCAACCCAGAUGCAUUGCUGCAAGCUUACAAGGCUGACAGAGAACGAGAGGCUAAUAAGCCUGGAUCGCUUUGUGGGUUGCAUGGAAUUCCAGUUCUACUCAAGGAUAACAUUGGGACUAAGGAUAAGUUGAAUACUACUGCUGGAUCAUUCGCAUUGCUUGGGUCUAUAGUGCCUCGUGAUGCAGGUGUAGUGAAGAGACUAAGGAAGGCUGGAGCUAUAAUACUAGGAAAGGCCAGCUUAAGUGAAUGGGCUGAUUUUAGGUCCCUCGCUGCUCCAGCUGGUUUGAGCGCUAGAGGUGGUCAAGGAAAGAAUCCAUAUGUUUUAUCAGCAUCACCCUGUGGAUCCAGCAGUGGACCUUCCAUAUCAGUUGCAGCAAACAUAGCAGCAGUGUCAAUAGGAACCGAGACCGAUGGUUCUAUCCUCUGUCCGGCUAGUUUCAACUCAGUUGUUGGCAUCAAACCUACGGUCGGCCUCACUAGUAGAGCAGGUGUCAUUCCAGUCUCCCCAAGACAAGACACUAUUGGGCCAAUUGGCAGGACAGUGACAGACGCUGUGAUAGUUCUUGACACCAUUGUAGGAUUUGAUUACAAUGAUGCAGCCACUAGAACAGCCUCUAAGUACAUUCCAUAUGGUGGCUACAAACAAUUCCUCAAUCCAAAUGGGUUGAAAGGGAAGAGGUUAGGAAUUGUGAGAAACCCCUUUUUCAGCUUCUUCAAUGAUUCAACCAUCACACAAGCUUUUGAGGAUCAUUUCAACACUCUAAAGCAAGGUGGUGCUAUUUUGAUAGACAAUCUAGAGAUAGCAGAUAUAGAUAUCAUCUUAAACGUAACAGCGAGUGGAGAAGCAGCAGCAUUGCUUGCUGAAUUCAAACAAUCGCUAAAUGGGUACCUGAAAGAGCUCGUGGUUUCCCCUGUUCGAAGUUUAGCCGACAUAAUCGCCUUCAAUAACGCAAAUGCAGAUCAGGAACUUCUCAACGUUUUUGGCCAGGAGAUCUUUUUGGCGGCCGAAGCCACAAAUGGGAUCGGCGACGUGCAGAAGGCGGCUGUGUUGAACUUGGGGAAGCUAACAGAAGAUGGGUUUGAGAAAUUAGUGAAGGAGAAUCAAUUGGAUGCGGUGGUGACUCCAGGUACCGGCAUAGCUACAGUGCUCGCAAUUGGGGGUUUUCCGGGGAUCAAUGUUCCGGCUGGAUACGACGGCGGAGGAGUUCCGUUUGGGAUUAACUUUGGAGGGUUGAAGGGAUCAGAGACGAAGCUGAUUGAAGUUGCUUAUGGGUUUGAGCAAGCCACUCUGAUAAGAAAACCUCCUUCCUUCAAACCUUGAAGUGAAUCAAAGGAAACUUUCUGACUCAAUUCAGCUAUGAAUUAGCUCUUCAAAUUAAUUGGCAUUUUGUUUAUUAAGCUAUGAAUAUCAGAUGUGACUUUGUGUUGCAAUUCCAAUAACUUAAUUCUCUCAUAUAUGAAUAGAAUUCUUUGUCACAAUAUGUUGUUGGUAUGUACGAGUCGAGUUUACCACCUCAGUGAGUUGUACUCCACGAUCAAGUAAACGCCUUUUGAUCAUAUUUUUCAGGUUCACUACAUGUAUUUACCUUUGUUUGUUUUGUAUUAGAGUAUGCCUUCUUGUCC